AUGCCCAAGAAGCUAGUAGAGUACUUUGCAACAGGAGGUUUACCAAGAGGCGGUCACAUAAAGUUGCUGGGAUGUCAAAUAAAUCUUCAAGAGGCCUCAUUUGUGUGGACACUUGGUAGCAAAAAUUCUUCUAGAAAUGACCAGAACUCGUGGCAUUAUCAAAAGCUUCCAUGGAAAAGAACAACAUAUUUAAGAAGCUUCAUUCAUAAUUCUUCUUCAAGCUUCAAUAGUGGUUCCUUAUCUGCAGCUGGCAAGAAAUUGCUUCUGUCGAGAAAGAGGGAUAUUGUGUACACCAGGUCGACCCGUGGGUUUUCUCUUUGGAAAUCUAAAGUUUUACGCAUUGGCGGGCCUAGUUUAAAAUGGUCAAAAUCCAUUGAGAAGCACUCAAAGAAAGCUAAUGAGGAAGCCACACUCGUUGUUGCUGCUGUUGAGAGGAAGAAGAGAGAAAAGAAAAAUCCAACUCGUACUGAUUCUUAG